CUCUGUGUGAGGGCCCCAGGCUGAGGAGAAAGUCCUGAUGGAGGACCACCUUUCUUUAACACCGCAAAGGAGGAAUUCAAUACUAAGAAAGGAACCUGGAACUGUCACUGCUGGACUGUGCGGUUAAACCAUGUCUCUUCUAUGGACCAGGGACCAUGCAACAGAUACCACAUCCCUAUUCUGCACAGCGACCUUCCAGAGUCAGAAGCACACGACACCAGAGAUACAUCUCCUGCCUGCACCAUGGACCAAGAAAUCAUGGGACAAAUCGUCCUUCUGGCAAUCGUCACUUUGAUCAGCGUUAUCCAGAAUGUAUUCUUUGCAUAUAAAGUUGAAAAUGAAUCCAAAAAUCAACAUUCCAAGAGUUUCCAAAGAACUGGCUCCCCCGCCUUCGAGAAAGUCUACACAGCAAACCAAAACUGUAUUGACGCGUAUCCCACAUUUCUCGCAGUUUUUUGGUGCGCUGGAUUAUUGUGUAGCCAAGCACCUGCAACUUUCGCUGGCCUUAUGUAUUUAUUCGUCCGACAGAAGUACUUUGUUGGUUACCUUGGUGAGAAGACACAGAGCACUCCCGGAUACGUAUUUGGAAAGCGAAUCAUAUUCUUCCUGUUUGCCAUGUCCGUGGCGGGGAUCCUUAACCAUUACCUUGUCUUGGUGUUUGGAAGUGAUAUGGAGAUGUAUAUUAAAACAAUCAGCAGCACUUUCUCUCCUUUACUGCUUAUUCCAUAAUUGGAUUAUGGCUCCAGUAUUAAAACUUUGAUGAGCGAUGCAAAUCUGUGUGCUAAUGUUCUGUAAGUUUACGAUAUUUGUCUCUUCCUUUGCACCAAUAAAAGCUACCGAAUCCAUUUAGGUUUAUUUCAAAAUGUUGUUUUCAUUUUGUACAAAACAUGAACUCACUCAUUACAUUGUUCCUCCACUGUUAUUCUUGCAAAAGCAAUAUGUUAUGUCACAACCACCACCUGUCCCUUGUUCUUGCCACACAAAACCUAUUGUUUCAUAUUGUUAUUAAAGUAAAUAUAGACCU